UCUUUUACCUCCAAGGUUAAGUAGCGAUAUUCUUCUUUUUUUAGAUGUAGCUUCACUCCGCAAAACUGUAUUAUUACAAAAAUGUAUAAAUUACUGCAAUUCCGGUUACAGGGAUUUGUACAUUUUAAACGCUUCCGACGUCUUUGUGUAGCGGCGAAAUACAGAGAGGAUGCUGCAAUGUUUAAUCCGAGGCUGCCUUGCUCAGCGGCUGAGAGGAUUUUUAACCAUCAGUCUGCUGACAUGGCUCAGACAACCUUCAGAUUUUAUAGCACCAGAGGAGUUAGAAGUCUGGAAAGUGAAAGGGGUAUAAUGAAACCCAGCAACACCUCCACCGUGGACCCAGAGAAGGAGGAGGAGUUUGUGUUCCUGGAUUCUUUUGAUCCAGAGCCUGAUGAGGAGGAGGAGGAGGUCCACAUAAUGAGGCUGCAGAAGGAUUUUCAGAUGAACCUUUCCUCCACAGUUCCCAAGACGGAGGAGAAGGACAAGUCAGUUGUGAAACAACUGAGAGCUCUGGAGCUUCAGCUGAAGUCACUGGAGGGCAAAGGUCAAGAGGUCAGCAUGGGUUCCCUCAUUGAGUUCAGGGACAUUAACUUCCCUCUGGAUGAGAACAUCAUUAAGACAACCAAGAAGAAAAAAAACAUGGGUCAGGUCAAGAUCUUUGGCACGCCAGACGUGGAUGAGCCCAUCGGUAACACUUGUUGUUCGGGUUGCGGUGCCGUCUUGCACUGCACCGCCCUAAACACACCAGGCUACUUGCCCAGUGAAAAGUAUAAAGCACUUUUAGCAGAGGAGCAGUUGAGUAAGGCCAUCUGCCAGCGGUGUUAUCUGCUCAUUCACCAUCAGAAAGCACUGGAUAUCACAAUGUCCAAAGAGGAGUAUAGGAAAGUCGUACAUGGUAUAAAAUCCCAGAAAGCUUUGGUCCUGUUGAUUGUUGACCUUUUGGACAUCCCGGACUCAAUUGUGCCAGACUUGCUGGACUUGGUAGGGGAAAAAAAAGACAUUGUUGUUCUGGGGAAUAAGGUGGACUUAAUACCUGGAGACUCAGACAACUACCUCCAGCGUAUCAGACGCCGUCUCUCUCAGUACUGCACGGAUGCAGGCCUCGGUGAUAAUGUCAAAGAUAUCCACCUGAUCAGUGGCAAAACGGGCUACGGCGUGGAAAAGCUCAUCUCCAGUCUCCAGCGGUCAUGGAAGUACAAGGGUGACGUGUAUCUGGUGGGAGCAGCCAACGUGGGGAAGUCGACACUCUUCAACACGCUACUGGACUCAGACUACUGCAAAUCCAGAGCAGUGGAUUUCAUUAGCAAAGCCACCAUAUCACCAUGGCCCGGCACCACCUUGAACCUGCUGAAGUUCCCCAUCAUCAACCCAACCCCGUACCGCCUGUUCCGCAGACAUGAACGCCUGCAGAAAACCUCCGAACAGACUGAGGAUGACCUCCCUGCAGCGGAGCAGAAGAGACUGCAGCUCUUCAGAAAACAGGGCUACCUAGUGGGUCACAUUGGGAGAACUUUCCGGACUCAGGCUGGAUCCAAAAGUGGUCUGAUAGAGUUUGACCCCGACAGUCUUGCCUAUGGAGACUACGGAGAGGAAGUGAAAGCGAGUCCCGUACCGUCGAAGGAGGAGGAGGUCGGCCUCUCCCACAACGAGGUGAAAGACGCCCACUGGCUGUACGACACCCCCGGCAUCCUGAAGGAAAACGAUGUCCUCAGUGUCCUGGUGGAGAAGGAGGUGAAGUUUGUGGUUCCCACGCAAGCGAUAGUCCCCCGGACGUUUGUGUUGAAGCCCGGCAUGGUUCUGUUUCUGGGCGCCUUAGGAAGGAUCGACCUCCUGCAGGCAGAGAAGUCCUGCUGGUUUUCUGUUAUUGCCUCCAACCGGAUGCCAGUUCACAUCACCACUCUUGAAAAGGCUGACAGCAUUUACCAGAAACACGCCGGACACACCCUGCUGGGGGUACCAAUGGGUGGAGAGGAACGCAUGAAGACUUUUCCACCACUGGUUUCACAAGACUUCCAGCUGGUGGGUCAGGGUUAUAACCAAGCCAUAGCGGACAUCAAAUUUUCCACUGCAGGUUGGGUGGCGGUGACGGGGGUGGAAGGGAACCAGGUGGUUCUGAGAGUUCACGCCCCGGAGGCUACCGGCGUCUCUCUGAGAAGCCCGCCCCUCCUCCCACACAUUGUAAAUCUGAAGGGGGAGCGAAUCAAAAAGUCCAAAGCCUACAAGCCCGUGAAACCCCGCCCGCUGCAGGGGGACAACCCCCUGUCACUCAGCACAGCACAGGGAGCCAAAGCGAAGAAGAAAAAGAAAACGAGCUCGAGUCUGAAGAAAAGUUAAUGUCCACAUGGGGAAUUCCUUCCCAAUGUGCUGGCUACAUCUAUACUGCAUAAAGACGUUGUCCAACAACCUCUGAACUACAGAAUGGCCACAGGUUUGAUGCUGAAGUUGUGUUACUUCUGAUUCGUGGAGCUUACUACAUGCUAAAGACACUCUUACCCAUAAUGCCCCAUUGCCACGUGAUUGGGAAGUAGCUCUGGUGGACCAGCUGUGAAAACAAUAGGGAUGAAUAUCGGUUCCAGGCUGAGCUUCAGGGAUUUAUGAAGACCCGAACAGCUGCAGUGUUGGCUCGUGUGCAUGUCAUCAGCUUUCCACAGUUUAAUUCUUGAAAACAUGUCCAACGGUCAUUUAAAUUUCAAACUAAUUAGAACAUUUUGUCUUUGGCAAGGAAAAUAGUUCACUCUCCCAGACACUUUAGCAGUCUCGUUUUACUUUACACCCCGCCGUGGAUAAAAAGCUGGUUCCCAAGUUAUCAGAGGUUUCGAACGGGCCAAACUGCACGUAGGCACUGAAUUUUCCUAAUUUUUGUAUUCAUAUUUUUUUUGUUUUCAUUUGUUCAUGUGUCCCGGUGCAGCUUGUAUUUGAUGAAAUGAAAAUGGAGUUUUUUGAAGAGCUUUGAGUCAGUUUUUUUUUUGUGACAAAUUCUGGACCUGUAAAAUAAAUAAAUAAAUGGGCAACUGAAUGAUGAACC